AUGUUCGGCGUGAGCUUGAAUCAGCUCAUGCUGGCUGCUGAUGAGGCGGCGCCAACUCUGCCGCACGGUCUGGUUUAUUUGUGUGAGCAUCUUCAUGACGGUGCCGUGGUCUCUGACAAGCUGAGCAAAACUUCAGCCCACUCCAUCUACGCCAUUGUUGAGGCAGACGUUUCAGAGACCAGCCUUGAGGACGGGCGUCGUGCUGUGGAAGGUCAAUAUGACCUGACCAAUGCUGCCGCAAGCGCACCGAGCGCACCGCCCCCGGAAGUUUGCUACCAUCUUUUGCGCGCUUUUGUGCGCGAGCUGCCCCACUCCAUUGUACCAGAAGCCAUGUUUCGCAAAGCUAUUGACCUGGCCACCGCCCAUGCUGCCUCUUGCCUGAGUAGCAUUCGCCAGCACCCGGGCUAUGAGGCGUUUGUGUCCGAGUACAUGCGUGAUGAAAUGAGCGCCAGCUCCCUCUCCGCCUGGCUUCGUAACGAUGAGGCUGUCCUCGUUGGCAAUUAUGAGGAUCGCUCCUGGCUCUCCAACACAGAAAAGGCAAGCCGACGUCAACUGCGCGAGCUCUUCUCCAGAAGCCUCUUGCGUCUGACCACCCCCGGAAUAUCGGAUGCGCUUCACGAGCUCUUCUUUGCCAUCCCGUCACCUCGUCGCCGCGUGCUCGAAUACCUGAUGACAGUCCUGGCUCGCAUUGACCUCGUCUACACCCGCGGGCUUGAUGAGGAUGGUGCUGCUGAAUUGCCCUCCUCUCUGAUGCCAGUUUUUGCCGAGGAUCUAGCCGUCUAUCUCAUCCGGCCCAUGCAUCACAAAAAAGGACAAACCUCCGUGGAGCGACGCUUACAGCAACAAUAUCAAGUCAUCUGCUUCCUUAUUUUUGCCACCUUUAUCAAGCGCAAGCAAAAUCUGUUAUCCACCAGCGAGCGCGACCAGCUGGAAUGGAGCAAUGAAAAACACCUUGAGCAUGAAUUUGGCCAGCUCAUCAACAUGUCCGCUUCGACGCCCCGCCUUCGUUCGUCGCGACAACGACAGCCCAGCACAUCGUCAUCCCAAUCUCUUCCGACUCUGCAAUUGGAAAGACCAAGCUCGCAUAAUCAGCUCCCCCGCGCCCCCAGCUCUAGUUCGAUUACCAAGAGCCCUGCGUCAAACCACGUCGAUGCUUCGCUGGAGACGCGAUCCUCGACGCACCACACUGUUGACCUGAUUGAGCACUCUGAUCAUGUGUGCGAGACUCUUGUCAUGCGCGCGCCCCACGCUCCUGUCCAACCGAUCCCACUCCCUCAUGAGCUGGACUAUUUUGCGCUGUGUCAACUUUCAGGACUGGAUCGCACUUGUCCACCCGCGACCAAUGAGUCUGCUCCCUCGCUCAAAGCGCCUGGCGCCGGGCUCGGACACCUACUUCACGAUCAGGUGGACCUCGACAGUUCGCGCGCCUUUCACGACGUCACGAAGGCCAACCUGCUGGAAGCCCCCAUCAUGGAGGCCAUCAACUUUGACUAUGCCCAUGCUUUAUUCCCUCGCACAAUUGACCUGCGAGCCACGCAAGAAGCGGUGCCAACUUCUGCGCGCAAAUGGAUUUUAGGGGCAGCCCAACAGCAUAAGGAGGCCUUUCCUUUUGACCAGGACGAUCGAUUCAUGCGCAUGACAUGCCUCUUGCCUUCAUAUGUGCUGAAGAAAGGCAACUUCAAGCCACACGUCGUCUGCCAGCCCUGUGAGCGACACGUGCGCGCAUGCAUGGAUGAUCUGGUGCUCAAUGUGGCCGAGUUUUCCGACCGUGCCCUCAAGGUUUUCGGCACCAACCUUGUGGAAACGCUUGCGGGCUGUCCCAGUUGUGAUCAGCUCUUGGCCAUGAUGCCGGCGGACCUCAUGCAUUAUGCAGUGCUAUUUGAGGAGCGGCCCUUUCUACGCAUCUCCUUUCGACACCUGCUGCAAAUGCCGCAAAUGGAUGUGACAACUCGCUUGAGUGCGUUUGUGGAUGUACUCGAGAGUCAUGUGCAACGCAUCGACUCGAAACUAGACAUAUCUGGCAUUGACGAGCUGGAGACUACUCUCGAAGAGGAAGAGGAGUCGACAAGCGUCGAGGCCGGACAUGCCCAAAAACUUGCGGCCUCGCUGUCACAUCCCCUCCCAGCCGACCUCGAUCUUGGCUUGCUGCCCCCGCCUGAAGCCGGCUAUGGCUCCAUCACCAUUUGCUGCCGGUGCAAGCGUCCGGCACAUGCAGGUUGCACACGUGAUCAUGUGUGUUUAGCCUGCCACGCUCACAGCCUGCAAGACACGGUUCUGAGCCCCGAAAGUUCUAAGGCCGAGCUUCUGUACCUAUCAGCUGACGCCGACUACUUUUCAUUCGGUUGA